AUGGAAAUUUCUUAAUAAGAAUUAGAUUUUCUUGUAGAUUUUUUAUAAAAUAAUCUUUUUAAUGAAUGGAUUAACAUAAAAAAAAAGAUUUCAUGUGUAAUCUAAAAAGCAGGAUAAUUUUUAGAAGACCUUAUACAAUAUCUAUUUAAAACUAGUCAUUUAAUUGGAGAAAUUUAUAAUCUUUAGUAUGAAAAUUUAAUUAAAUGUAGUACUUUUCAAAAAAAAGAAGAGAAAAUCAAAACACUUGAAGGAUUUCAGUAAUUCAAUAAUCAAUUAGUGAAAACACAAUUUCAUCUCAUAACUUAAAUAAAUAGGGAUAAAAUUUAUAAAAAAGAUGGAUAGAUUCUUAGAGUGUAUAUUUAUUUGUUAUUUUCUAGUGAAAAAUAUAUCUUAGGAUCUAAAAAUGAAUAAAUAUUGCUCAAUCUAGAACAGAUGAAAUAUUUGGAAUUUAAAGGAUAAUAUGGAAUAAAUGGAUAUAAAUGUUAAUAAUGGAAUUAUUACUGGAAGGGAAAAUAGGUUGGGGGUGGUUUAUACAAUAAUUUUGGAUAAAAGGAAGGUAAGUGGAUUGAUUUAUGUGAAAAUUAUUGGGAGUAAUCUAUUUAUUAAUAAUUAUUUUAGUAGAAGGAAUAUUACUGAAGCAGGUGAUUAUUUUGAAGAUAAAAGAAUUGGUGAUUGGAAGAUGUAUUGGAAUAAUUAAAAAAUGUAGUAUGAUAUAGAAUUUUUAAUUUAGUGGAGGAGGAGAAUAUGAUAAAUAGGGAACUGGUCAAAAAAUUGGAAGAUGGGUUGAAUUAAGUGAACAUUAUUGUGAUAACUUUGAACUUACUUAUCAUGGUGAGUAUAAAAAUGGUAAAAAAUUUGGCAGAUGGGACAUUUGCUAUAAUAAUGGAAAUGGUGAUCAAAUAAUGUAACAAAUAUUUUACAAAGGGCGAAAACAAAAUUUUCAGUGGUGGGGGAUUAUAUAAUGAAGGAACUGACGAUCUCAAAAUUGGAAAGUGGAUUGAUUUAAGUGACAGAUUUCAUAGGGAUUCUUAUGUAACUUAUCAGGGUGAAUAUUUAAAUGGUUAAAGAGUUGGUAAAUGGGAUAUUUGGUUUAAAGAGGAUGGAGACAACAAAUAAAAUAUAAAGAUGUAAAUAAUUCUUUAUAUAUCUCUCAAAAUUUCUUAGUGGUGGGGGAUCAUAUGAUGAAUAAGGGGCAGGAACGAAAACAGGGCAGUGGAUUGAAAUUAGUGAUAGUUUUAAACAAGAUUCUAAAGUAACUUAUAAGGGGGAAUAUCAAAAUGGUAGAAAAUUUGGCAGAUGGGAUAUUUAUUACAAUAAUGGAAAUGAUGAUUAAAUUAUGUAAAAAUUCUAAUAUAAAGGGUGAUAUUUUAAUAUUGCUAGUGGUGGAGGACAAUAUGAAGAAGGAGGUGAUAACAUUAAGAUUGGAUAGUGGAUUGAAAUAAGUGAUGCGUUUAAAUAAGAUUCUAAAGUUUCUUAAAAAGGGGAAUAUAAAGAUGGUAGAAAAUUUGGUAGAUGGGACAUUUUUAAUAAUGAUUAACUAAUGUAAAAAAUACUAUAUAAAGUGCUAAAUUUAAAAAAUGUUAGUGGUGGUGGAUAAUAUGAUGAAAGAGGUGAUGGUAUCAAGGAAGGCAAAUGGAUUGAUAUAAGGGAAGGAUUUAAAGAUGGUUCUAAAGUAACUUAUAAGGGGGAAUAUAAAAAUGGUAGAAAAUUUGGUAGAUGGGAUAUUUACUACAAUAACGAAAAUGGUGAUUAAAUUAUGUAAAAAACCUAAUAUAAAGCAUGAAAUUUUAAUAUUGCUAGUGGUGGAGGACAAUAUGAAGAAGGAGGUGAUAACAUUAAGAUUGGAUAGUGGAUUGAUAUAAGUGAUAGAUUUCAUAGGGAGUGCUAAGUAACUUAUAAAGGUGAAUAUUUAAAUGGUUACAGAGUUGGUAAAUGGGAUAUUUGGUUUAAAGAGGAUGGAGAAAACAAAUAAAAUAUAAAGAUGUAAAUAAUUUUUUUAUAUAUCUCUCAAAUCUUUUUAGCGGUGGUGGAUCAUAUGAUUAAUAACGGGCAGGAAUGAAGAUUGGGUAGUGGAUUGAAAUAAGUGAUGUGUUUAAAUAAGAUUCUAAAGUUUCUUAAAAAGGGGAAUAUAAAGAUGGUAGAAAAUUUGGUAGAUGGGAUAUUUAUUACAAUAACGAAAAUGGUGAUUAAAUUAUGUAAAAAGUGUAAUAUAUAGAGCCAACUUUUAAACUUGUUAGCGGUGGAGGGCGAUACGAAGAAGGGAGUGAUAACAUUAAAAUUGGAAAUUGGAUAGAUAUAAGUGAUGGAUUUUGUAGGGAGUGUUAAGUAACUUAUAAAGGGGAAUAUAAAAUUGGUAAAAGAGUUGGCAAAUGGGAUAUUUUGUAUAAGGAUUUAGCUGGAAAUAAUGAAUCAAUGUAAACAAUAUUAUUGCUUAAUUUAAAUAUUUUAGUGGUGGUGGCUUUUAUGAUGAGAGAGGAGAUGGAAUGUAGAUAGGAAAGUGGAUAGAUUUGGAUGAUGGAUUCUGUGAUUCUAAAUAAAUUACUUAUAAAGGUCAAUAUAAAAAUGGAAAAAAAUAGGGGUUAUGGGUUGAAAUUGAUAUUGAAAAAAAUAAGCAGUGUAGCGAAAUAAAAUAUCAUAAUUAUUAUUAAUAUCACAAUUGA